AUGAGUUUCCACAGCGACAGCAAAAUCCAGGGGAGAAGCAUCAGUGCAGAGUCUCAGCCCAGCGCUCUCAGCCCAGCGCUCUCAGCCCAGCGCUCUCAGACCAGCGCUCUCAGACCAGCGCUCUCAGCCCAGCGCUCUCAGACCAGCGCUCUCAGCCCAGCGCUCUCAGCCCAGCGCUCUCAGACCAGCGCUCUCAGACCAGCGCUCUCAGCCCAGCGCUCUCAGACCCGCGCUCUCAGCCCAGCGCUCUCAGCCCAGCGCUCUCAGCCCAGCGCUCUCAGACCCGCGCUCUCAGCCCAGCGCUCUCAGACCAGCGCUCUCAGCCCAGCGCUCUCAGACCCGCGCUCUCAGCCCAGCGCUCUCAGCCCAGCGCUCUCAGCCCAGCGCUCUCAGACCAGCGCUCUCAGCCCAGCGCUCUCAGCCCAGCGCUCUCAGACCAGCGCUCUCAGCCCAGCGCUCUCAGCCCAGCGCUCUCAGACCAGCGCUCUCAGACCAGCGCUCUCAGCCCAGCGCUCUCAGACCCGCGCUCUCAGCCCAGCGCUCUCAGACCACCGCUCUCAGCCCAGCGCUCUCAGACCCGCGCUCUCAGCCCAGCGCUCUCAGCCCAGCGAUCUCAGACCAGCGCUCUCAGCCCAGCGCUCUCAGACCCGCGCUCUCAGACCACCGCUCUCAGACCAGCGCUCUCAGCCCAGCGCUCUCAGACCCGCGCUCUCAGCCCAGCGCUCUCAGACCCGCGCUCUCAGCCCAGCGCUCUCAGACCCGCGCUCUCAGACCCGCGCUCUCAGACCAGCGCUCUCAGCCCAGCGCUCUCAGACCCGCGCUCUCAGACCACCGCUCUCAGACCACCGCUCUCAGACCACCGCUCUCAGACCCGCGCUCUCAGACCCGCGCUCUCAGCCCAGCGCUCUCAGCCCAGCGCUCUCAGCCCAGCGCUCUCAGCCCAGCGCUCUCAGCCCAGCGCUCUCAGACCAGCGCUCUCAGCCCAGCGCUCUCAGACCAGCGCUCUCAGCCCAGCGCUCUCAGACCAGCGCUCUCAGCCCAGCGCUCUCUGACCAGCGCUCUCAGCCCAGCGCUCUCAGACCAGCGCUCUCAGACCAGCGCUCUCAGACCCGCGCUCUCAGCCCAGCGCUCUCUGACCAGCGCUCUCAGACCAGCGCUCUCAGAUCAGCGCUCUCAGAACAGCGCUCUCAGCCCAGCGCUCUCAGACCAGCGCUCUCAGCCCAGCGCUCUCAGACCAGCGCUCUCAGACCCGCGCUCUCAGCCCAGCGCUCUCAGACCCGCGCUCUCAGCCCAGCGCUCUCAGACCAGCGCUCUCAGCCCAGCGCUCUCAGCCCAGCGCUCUCUGACCAGCGCUCUCAGCCCAGCGCUCUCAGCCCAGCGCUCUCAGCCCAGCGCUCUCAGAUCAGCGCUCUCAGCCCAGCGCUCUCAGACCAGCGCUCUCAGACCAGCGCUCUCAGACCAGCGCUCUCAGCCCAGCGCUCUCAGCCCAGCGGUCUCAGCCCAGCGCUCUCAGCCCAGCGCUCUCAGCCCAGCGCUCUCAGCCCAGCGCUCUCAGACCAGCGCUCUCAGACCUGCGCUCUCAGAACAGCGCUCUCAGCCCAGCGCUCUCAGCCCACCCAGCGCUCUCAGACCAGCGCUCUCAGCCCAGCGCUCUCAGCCCCGCGCUCUCAGCCCAGCGCUCUCAGCCCAGCGCUCUCUGACCAGCGCUCUCAGCCCAGCGCUCUCAGCCCAGCGCUCUCAGCCCAGCGCUCUCAGACCCGCGCUCUCAGCCCAGCGCUCUCUGACCAGCACUCUCAGCCCAGCGCUCUCAGCCCAGCGCUCUCAGCCCAGCGCUCUCAGACCAGCGCUCUCAGAUCAGCGCUCUCAGCCCAGCGCUCUCAGCCCAGCGCUCUCAGACCAGCGCUCUCAGACCCGCGCUCUCAGCCCAGCGCUCUCAGCCCAGCGCUCUCUGACCAGCGCUCUCAGCCCAGCGCUCUCAGACCAGCGCUCUCAGACCCGCGCUCUCAGACCAGCGCUCUCAGCCCAGCGCUCUCAGCCCAGCGCUCUCUGACCAGCGCUCUCAGCCCAGCGCUCUCAGCCCAGCGCUCUCAGACCCGCGCUCUCAGACCAGCGCUCUCAGACCAGCGCUCUCAGCCCAGCGCUCUCAGCCCAGCGCUCUCAGCCCAGCGCUCUCUGACCAGCGCUCUCAGCCCAGCGCUCUCAGACCAGCGCUCUCAGACCCGCGCUCUCAGACCAGCGCUCUCAGCCCAGCGCUCUCAGCCCAGCGCUCUCAGCCCAGCGCUCUCAGACCAGCGCUCUCAGCCCAGCGCUCUCAGACCCGCGCUCUCAGACCAGCGCUCUCAGCCCAGCGCUCUCUGA